AUGCUGCAGCGAUUCCUCACGCGUUCCCGCUCCGCCCCGUGGGCGUACCGCCGUCAGCAUCAAGGCCGCGUCGCUGUCGUGCACCUGCAGGCCGUUUGUUUCUCGUCGGAGGACGACUGGCGCAUUUCCGACGACGAUUUUGACGAAGGACCGGACAAGAUCAUCGACAAAGUCCGUCGGGACUCGAUGCCCCGUCGCCAGAUCAUGCCCGAGGCGGCCAAGAAGAGCCGGUUCAUGGUUGUUGCCCCGGAGAACCGCGGCAAAGUCCGUCGUCGGCUCUUGGACGAGUUCAAGAAGGACGGCAUCACGCUCGCGGACGUCGACCAGCCCGGGCAGUACCUGACGCCCGACACGGGUCUCUUGCGCGACAUUCGUGGCAUGAACAAAGAAGCCGACGAGAUGGAGUUUGCCGACGACGAAGAAGAAGGGGAGCUGAAUCUCGGUCAGAUGGGGCUGUUGCGCCAGAUCGUGCACGUGGACCAGGUACAGAAAGUCACCAAGCAGGAGCGCAUUGUCAACUUUCGGGCGCUCGUUGUCGUGGGCAACAUGCGUGGCGUGGCGGGCUAUGCUGUUGGGAAAGGCUCGUCGCCUCCGCUGGCGAUCGAGCGAGGCACCAAGCUGGCUCUGAAGCGGUUCACUUACAUUGACCGCUUUGAUGACCGUACGUUGUACCAUGAAGUGCGCGGCAAGUGGAACAGCUGUACGCUGUUCUUGCGUCCGACACCGAAGGACAAGGGACUGACCGUGAGCGACACUGUGGCUUGUGUGCUUGAUUGUUUUGGGAUCACGGACGUCGUGUCGAAGACGCAUGGCCAGCGCAACCCCUUUACGGUCGUGAAAGCCACGUUCGACGCACUCGCCAAGCACGAGACAGCAGAGGAGAAGGCUCUUCGGACAGGCCACUCGCUUGUGGAGCUCAGCACGCUAGCGCGUAUGCGCAACUUGUAG